UGCGUGACAAAACACGGAAGUGCUUUGGUCUGUUGUUGACAGGUCUUUUCUGUCCUGUGUUGGGCCUCGCUACAGCAUUAGCAACGGAUGGAAAUGUCUCCUGCAGUAAAUAUAUAUUUUAUAGGAGAUGUCAGUGGAACUCGAUGUGUUUGUGGUUAACACCACCAUUAUGGACGAGGAAGUCUAUCAGUUAUGGCUGGAUGGCUACACAGUGAAUGAUGCAGUGAAGGUUCGUAUGGAGGGAGGGGUAUUGGAGGGGUGUGAAGCCAGUGCUGAGGUUCUGCACAGUGACACCAUGGAUCAGUACAGAACCUUCCAGAUGUGUGAGCGCCUCCUGCACAGCCCUGCCAAACUGGCCAAUCAGCUGUUGUUCCAGAUCCCACCUCAUCGCCAGGCCAUGCUCAUAGAGAGGUACUAUGCGUUCGACAGCGUGUUUGUGCGAGAAGUCCUUGGGAAGAAACUCUCAAAGGGGACCAAGAAGGACCUUGAUGACGUCAGUGCAAAGACUGGCGUCACACUGAAGAGCUGCAGGCGGCAGUUUGAUAACUUCAAGCGUGUAUUCAAAGUUGUGGAGGAACUGAAGGGACCCCUGGUGGAGAACAUUCGUCAGCACUUCCUUCUCUCUGACAACCUGGCCAGGGAUUACGCUGCCAUCGUUUUCUUUGCCAACAAUCGCUUUGAGACGGGGAAGAGGAAGCUGCACUAUCUUACAUUCCAGGACUUUGCCUUCUGUGCAGGGCAGCUCAUCAGCAACUGGACCGUGGGAGCAUUGGAUAACAUGGUGGAAGACAUGGACGUGGAUCUUGAGAAGGAGUUCUUACAAGAUCUAAAAGAACUGAAGAUUUUAAUCACUGACAAGGAUCUGCUUGACCAGCACAAGAGUUUGGUGUGCACAGCUCUCCGGGGGAAGACCAAAGCGUUUAAUGAGAUGGAAGCCAACUUCAAGAAUCUCUCCAGAGGCCUUGUCAACAUUGCUGCCAAACUAACCAACACAAAAGACGUCAGAGACUUCUUCAUUGACCUGGUGGAAAAGUUUAUUGAGCCGUGUCGGUCAGACAAAUGGACAGCAGGAGACAUGAGGCUCUACCUCACUCACUACACUAACUCUGCACACAUACUCGACACAUUCAAACACCAGGAAGUGUGGGACAGGUACAUGGGAGUGAUAAAAAGCUGCAUCCUCAAAAUGUACCAUGACUGAGAUGUUUCCUUGCUCAACUAUCUACCCGGAACUUUCUGUCAUCUUUCUAUUGGAGUCGUGUCUUCUUUCCCUCCUUUCCUCUGCAAUCGUCAUGUAAAUCCUCCGCUCCGUCUGUCAGAUGUCUUCCUCCUCUAAUGCCAGUUCCCACAUUUCUCCGUCCUUCAUGCCGUUAUGCUGUUUUUUUCCCCUCGGUCUCUUCUGACGACCUACUUUGCAAUGUCAUCAUGUAUAUCACAUCAUUUUUAUUGUAAAUAAAGUCAACUCAUUAUAUACUGA